AUGGCGGAACUAAUUUCGUUUCAUGAUGUUGCCAAACAUAAGUGCAAGAACGAUUGUUGGAUUCUCAUCCAUGGAAAGGUCUAUGACAUCAGCACUUUCAUGGACGAACAUCCCGGCGGUGACAACGUUCUCCUCGCCGUCACCGGGAAGGACGCAUCGAUCGAUUUCGACGAUGUGAAGCAUAGCAACGAAGCGCAAGAGAUAAUGAAGAAAUAUUGUAUCGGUGAUAUUGACCAGUCAACGGUUCCGGUGACGGCGAAGUAUAUUCCGCCGUGGGAGAAGGAAUCUACGGCGGAAACCACGAAAGAAGAAUCUGGAAACAAGAUGAUUGUAUACUUGAUCCCUCUCUUGAUUCUCGGCGUUGCUUUCGUUCUCAGAUUCUACAACAACAGCAAGUAG